AUGGCAGAAGCUCCUGAAAAGAUUGACCCUGCGCCUCUUGGCCAACCCCUUGCCUUCGAGUUCAGUGGCAAGACGGCCAAGAACCGCUUCAUGAAGGCUGCCAUGUCUGAGCUGCAGUCAAGUUGGGACGACAAGGACUUGACCAAGCGAGGCAUCCCACCAAAAGAGCUCGUCAACCUUUACCGGCUAUGGGGUGCCGGGGGAUACGGAGUCAUUCUUCUCGGCAACACCAUGAUCGAGUAUGACCAAUUAGAGGGCAUCGGAAACCACAUCAUUCCUUCAGGUGCACCAUUUUCCGGCGAGCGGUUUGAGAGAUUCAAGGAAAUUGCCUCGGCGGCCAAGGCGCACGGCAGCCUCGUUUACACGCAGCUAAGCCAUCCAGGCCGACAAGUUCAGGAAAUGAUUCAGCCACACCCCGUCUCCCCUAGUGAUGUGCAGUUGGAGGUUGCUGGUUUCGGAACAUUCGCAAAGCCAAGGCCGAUGGAAAAGGCGGAUUUCGAUCAUAUUAUCAACUCCUUUGCUCACGCGGCCGAGUAUUGCUACAAGGCUGGCUUUGAUGGUGUUGAGCUUCACGCCGCACAUGGAUAUCUCUUGGCUCAAUUCCUGGCACCAUCAACCAACCUGAGGACAGACGAAUACGGCGGCUCACUGGCCAACCGCGCAAGAAUCAUCUUUGAAAUCACAGAUGCCAUUCGUGCUCGCGUUCCCGACAAAUCUUUCAGCAUCGGUAUCAAGCUCAACAGCGCCGAGUUCCAGAAGGGUGGUUUCACAGUUGAAGACUGCAAAGUCCUUUGCGCGGAGCUCGAGAAGAACAACUUCGACUGGGUUGAGCUUUCGGGUGGCACAUAUGAGGUUUUGGCGUUUGAGCACAGAAGAGAAUCCACCAAGAAGAGAGAAGCUUACUUCAUCGAGUUUGCUGAAAUGGUCAUCCCAAAGCUGAAGAAGACCAAGGCGUACAUCACUGGUGGCCUGCGCACGACGGCCGGCAUGGUCAAGGCCUUGGAUAAGAUGCAUGGAGUUGGAAUUGGCCGUCCAGCUGCUCAUGAAUACGACCUGCCGCAGAAGAUUCUUGACAGCGCUGUAGAUGGAGCCAUUAAGCAGUUGAUUGGCGAGGACAACUUUAUGUUGACCAACGUCGCUGCUACGAUCCAGAUGAUGAUAGCUGCUCUUGGUUAUGAACCGCUCGACUUGAGAAGACCGGAUCACGACAAGGUCUUACACGUCGCGGUUGAAAAGCACCUGGAGAACAGACAGAAGGGCGAGCUACCAGGCCCACCUUUCAUUGAGGGCCUUGAUCUUCAGCCUUAUGGCACUGCCUACGCAGCAGCCUAA